CGCCCUUCGCCGACGCAAUUCAAUGCCGCGAUUUAAUCCCUUCUUAAUUCGAUCGAUUGAUCCUAUCCCACACGCCAUCAAAACUAAUUCGUUUUAUAAAUACGAGCUGAGCGAAUUCAACGACACCACAUCCUCCACCGAUUCUCCAAAGAAAUAGUACUAGCUCGAGUCCCUUGAGCAACCAUGGCAGCGACAGCGAGCUCCGGCGAAUCGCAGCGCCGCCGGCGCGUGCUGAUGUUCCCGCUGCCGUUCCAGGGCCACCUGAACCCGAUGCUGCAGCUGGCCGGCGCCCUGCACGCGUGCGGCGGCCUGGACGUCACCGUGUUCCACGCCGCCUUCAACGCGCCCGAUCCGGCGGGGCACCGCUUCGUGCCCGUCGGCGACGGCGUGCCGUUCGGCGGCCUGCUCCCCUCCGGAAGCGACGCGGACUUCGCCGGGGCGCUGCUGCGGAUGAACGAGCGCUUGCGUGGGCCGUUCCGGGACAGCCUGCGCCAGGUGCUCGACGAGGACGAGGGCGGCGCGUCGGCGUGCCUGGUGGUGGACUCCAACCUGCGCGGGAUGCAGCUCGUGGCGGAGGAGCUCGGCGUGCCGACGCUCGUGCUGCGCACCGGAAGCGCCGCCUGCCUCGUCGCCUACAUGGCGUUCCCGGCGCUCUGUGACAAAGGCCUCCUCCCGCCGCCAUCUCAAGAUCAAAUCCAACUAGACAUGCCGUUGAAUGAGCUUCCACCGCUACGGCUGAGAGACAUGGUGUUCUCAACGACUACUACACAUGCUACUAUGGCUAGAUGCUUAGAAUGUUUACUGGAAUCUGCAAGAUGUUCUUCGGGUGUCAUCAUCAACACCUUACAAGACCUUGAAAGUUCGGAGCUCCAAAAGAUCGCCAAUGGCCUCGGUGUUCCGAUAUACGCGAUCGGGCCACUUCACAAGAUUUCUUCAGGAACCGAGAGCAGCUUGCUAGCUCAAGACAGGACCUGUAUGGAAUGGUUGGACAAGCAAGAGACAGACUCUGUUCUUUAUGUGAGCUUUGGGAGCUUGGCAUCCAUGGAUGAGAAGGAACUGUUGGAGACAGCAUGGGGCUUGGCCAACAGCCAGAGGCCAUUUCUGUGGGUGAUCCGGCAUAACCUGGUCCAAUCCUCAGAGCAAGCGAGCCUUCCUGAUGGCUUUGAGGAGGCGACACGUGGCAGGGGAAUGGUGGUAUCCUGGGCCCCACAGCAGGAUGUUCUGGGGCACCGCGCAGUCGGUGGCUUUUGGACGCACAACGGGUGGAACUCGACUCUGGAGAGUAUUUGUGAGGGUGUCCCGAUGAUCUGCAGGCCCCAAUUUGCUGACCAGAUGAUCAACAUGAGGUACGUCCAGGAGGUGUGGAAGAUAGGAUUUGAGCUAGAAGGUGAGUUGGAGAGGGGAAAGAUCGAGGGGGCUGUUAGAAGGUUGCUGUGCGAGGAAGAAGGAAGAGAGAUGAGACAGAGGGCAAAGGAUUUCAGGAACAAAGCUGUUAACUGCAUGGACGAAGGAGGCUCUUCGAAAACUGCAAUUGAUCUGUUGCUGAAGCGCAUAAUGUCAUUUUAAACCUUUUCCCUAUGAAUACACUUUAUUUGAUACAUGUGACAAAUUGUUCUCGAAAUUCCAUAAGGCAAUUUAAUAAAGCUGCAUCGGAAGCAAAUAGGGAUA